AUGCAUGCUAUUUCUCCAGAGUCGACAUCAUCAGACGAGGCCAAGCCCUCCAUUCAUAGGCUUCUUUACCAGAAUUCUCUGGAGCUUACCCCGGAUGGUAGAAAUGUACGAUGGACGCGCAAUCACCCCAGACAUCCGCGGAAUUGGUCUGGCUUCCGGAAAGCUUAUGACAUUAUUCUUGUGUGUUUGUUGGAUCUUUUCAUAACAGCAUCUAGUACCGCAGGUUCGGCAGCAGCAGCACAAGCCAAAUAUGAAUAUAAUUUGGAUGAAACACUCUCAACUUUUAUAUUCGUGACAAUAUUUCUCCUCGGCCAGGUCCUGGGUACUAUUCUGUUUCCCCCAUGGUCGGAAUCAUUUGGACGCAAAAAGAUGUAUGUCUUCAGUAGCGGCCUCAGCGCUAUCUGCUGUAUGAUCAUCGGUCUGGUGCAUCCAAUCUCAGCUAUCAUUGUUAUGCGCAUCGUGGCUGGACUACUUUCUGCAAUUCCGUACACUAUCAUCGGUGGUACCAUCGAAGACAUGUUCAAUGCCCACGCCCGGAUAUGGGCCAUGUUCUAUUGGACCAUUGCAUCCAACAUUGGUCUGAUAUUGGGACCGAUCAUGAGCAGCUACAUUAUUGCAGAUCUCGAUUGGCGAUGGAACUUCUACAUCUUCGCCAUCAUCAUCGGUGUUCUCACCGGCGGUCUUUGUCUGAUCCGUGAAUCUCGGCCCUCCUUGCUGCUGGCCCGCGAGGUUGAACAUCUGCGCACUAUCACGGACAUGCAGUCAAUCCCGCCAUCUCUCAACCAUGAUCAUAUUCCAAGUCUGAACGGUUUUGUUAGGGAUUCUCUCAUGCGUCCAGCCCAGUUUUUCUUUCAAGAGCCGAUCAUCUUCACUGUUUCAAUGAUGAUCUCAGUGGUCAUGUCGCUCAUCUACAUAUUCACGGAAUCUCUUCAACCAAUAUUCCAGGCAAUGGGAGUUAGCGAAACCCAUGCCUCCCUAAUUUUUAUCGCAAUCGGUCUGGGAACCAUCCUGAGCACAUUUACUCGAUUCCUCGACUCAUAUAUCUUGAAUCACCUUCGUCGCCAAGGACGUCAAAUCAAACCUGAACACAAGCUCGCUGGGCUUGUCAUCGGUUCUCCCUUUCUGGCUAUUGGCUUAUGGUGGUUUGCCUGGACUAUUCCACAGAAUGUACACACCUCAUGGAUCGUGCCGGCGUUUUCCCUUGUGCUUGUGGGAUAUGGACUCACAGAACUGGAUACCGCGCUGUAUGGGUAUAUCUCGGAUAGUUACCUGAGUUACUCGGCCAGUGCCUCUGCUGCGAUUGCAUUCAUGCGCGCCCUCGUAUCUGGUGUCGUCCCGCUUUUCACUAAGCAAAUGUUCAGUGGUCUGGGCAAUAAUCUUGCGAUGACUGUGCUUGCAGGUGUGGCUACGGUCUUUUGUAUAGUUCCUCCUGUGUUUUUCUUUUAUGGAGAGCGAAUCCGGCAGGCCAGCAAGUUUGCUCGCUAUAGUUGGGAAAUCCAGGAGGAGAUGGGUAAAGACGAGGAUGAUUGGUGA